GUCGCUGAGGCAUCAUCUCUACGUCUGUCUGCGGGCGUCUGGGACGGAUCUGCAGGCUUCAGCUGCAGCACUUGUUUUGGGGGCCUGUAGUAUGAGAAUUUCCAUUCCAGCUCCUUUGAUUUCUUUCAUUCUCAUAUUUGAUCAUUUUCUUAAUUUUGACCAUCCGACCUCAUUGUUUAGCCUUUCUCAUUUUUCGGCUCCUGUCACCCACAGUUUGUUGCUCAGCACCACCAGCACCAGCUGAAAGGGGAUCACUUACCAUUCCACCACCAGCCAUCACGGUUUUUUGCUCUGCUGCUGCUGCACUGGAUUUUGGCGUGCAUUGCUGGACUUUAACGCAGGGGGAUUUAUAUUUGUAUUGAUUUCCAUCUGCCGCCCGGUCCACAGCGGACACCAGCACUUUUUCUCUCUGAGGAAUGUAUUACAGCGGGUUUAGGUCUGCUCUCUGAAUAGGAGAGAAUAUAAACGCACUGUCUGCUGAAUUAAGAACUGCCGUGCGCCUUUUGGUUUUUUUGUAGCAGGUCUCUCAUCUGGAGAUGCUCUGAUCGGGGUUUGUGGUCCGUGCGCAUCCCAACUGGAUCGGGAUAUAAAGUGAAGACAUUGCCGCGGUCAGCCCUUUCUGGAGCGCUUGUCGUCUGAUUUUUUGACAUACAGAUUUGGUUAUUUUGAGACGGAUUGUGCACCCACCCGGAGGCAGGCAGGCUAACCAUGGGGGAUUCGAUGUGGAGAUAUUAUUUUGGAGUUUUGUUUAUUGCCUUCAAAGUGGACUUGUGCCGGGCGCUCAUCCUGGAGUCCAUCUACUGGAACACAACAAAUACCAAAUUUGUGCAAGGCCAAGGCGUGGUAUUGUAUCCCCAGAUUGGGGAUAAAUUGGACAUUGUGUGCCCCCGUGUGGACGGUGGGGUGGCUGAUGGCGUGGAGUAUUACAAGGUGUACAUGGUGCCCAGAGAGCAGCUGGAGAGCUGCACCAUCACCAAGGCUGACACGCCACUCCUCAACUGUGUCAAGCCUGACCAGGACGUCAAGUUCACCCUUAAAUUUCAGGAGUUCAGCCCCAAUUUAUGGGGCCUAGAGUUCUUCAGGGGGAAAGACUACUACAUCAUCUCUACUUCUAACGGCACCAUGGAGGGCAUCGACAACCAGGAGGGGGGAGUGUGCAAAACCAAGUCCAUGAAAAUAAUCAUGAAAGUGGGACAAAAUCCCUCUGACCCUAUUUCACCCAAAGACAACCCCACCAGAGUACCCUACUCUCCCAAGCACUCAGACGGCAAGGACACCCACAACCCUAACGCUGUGCUGGAGAAAACAGAUGUAGCAUCCAGAGAAAGCACUGAAAACAACGGUGGAAAGUCCUCCAGCAUCAUCGGCUCUGAUGUGGCCAUCUUCGUUGGCAUCGCCUCCGGCAGCGUCAUUUUCAUCAUUAUCAUCAUCAUGCUGGUCCUGCUGCUGCUCAAGUACCGGCGACGGCACCGUAAGCACUCGCCACAGCAUGCUGCGACACUGUCUCUAAGCACCCUGGCUACACCCAAACGGAGUGGAGGCGGCGGGAAUAAUAACGGCUCGGAGCCCAGUGACAUCAUCAUCCCGCUCAGGACUGCUGACAGCGUCUUCUGUCCGCACUACGAGAAGGUCAGUGGCGAUUACGGCCACCCAGUCUACAUAGUUCAGGAGAUGCCGCCUCAGAGCCCGGCCAACAUCUAUUACAAAGUCUGAGGUGGGACUUUUAAAAGCCAGAGACAAACUGGAACAAUCCCCGGGCAGAGCAGGUUUUUGGUUUUGGCUGGCACCGCCGGCACGCCCGCAAACAAACUUUUUCUCUCUUUCUCUCUCUUUGUCUGUCUCACUCUGUCAACUCCUCCUCCUCUUCUCUAAUGUUUUAUCACUAUUUUUUUCUUUCUCAAAGUUUUGCUGAUACCUUACCGUCUGAUUUCGUCCCAGUUGGCGCGGAUGGGUUGAGUAGAGGGCCAGAGAGAAGCCUGCUGCUGUCACUGCUGCUGCUCUCUGGGAGUUUUGGGAAAUAGGGAGAACAAUCUCUUCUUUCCCUAAUGUUGCUACCUGUUUUGGGGGAUAUGAGUGCUGUGGAAUCAGAAAGUUUGACAGAUGCACAGCGUGUGGACGUGAAGGUUUCCUAGGAGGAAAAGAGGAAAAGAGGAUUUUGACCCCAACUUAAGAGAGACAAAUGCUUGGAAAAAGAGAGGGAAAGAGACAAAAAUUGAGGGAUGAGGAGAGGUAAAGGAGAAUAUGGGCUAACCAUGAACUCACAAAAUGGCUGCCCUUCCUUGAUGCUCACUAGCCAGACAGACUCUGUGGAUUUACCCGCCGGACGAGGACAAAGGAGAGAGAUUCUCAAACCAGUCCUCUUUGGGACUUUCCUGACUGACUCUCGGAGAUCACCCAUUCACCCUGCCACCCACAUGCUCACCAUCACAUGUACACACAUUCACCCACAUGCGCAGACACACUGUCUCACCUGUCAAUGUGAAUGGUUUGGGUUUAAGUGUGGAUUGCACCAUUUCUCCUCAUUCCCAGAUAUGUUUCCAGGAAAUCACUUACUGUGGUUUGCUGAAAACUCGUAAUGUUACUUGAAGGUUUUAAGGAUAAAAAACAGAUUCCUUCUUUUUUGUACUGUCAACAUUUACCUAUCUUGUUUUUGGUCAUAUCUGGUUUCAUAUGUGGUUCUUUUACUUUAGUGACAUGUCACAUGUUAUGUUCAAACACAAGUUACCCAACAGUGGCUAGGAGUGGCGAGAGCAUGAAAAGACAGAGCGAAGAUUUUUUUCAACUCUGCAUUCUACGCCCUGAGAGGGUGCAAAAAUAACAGAUCUGUCCAGGUGGCUCCUUGGAAGAGUGGAGGACUUUCAUAUACAUAGAGCAGCACUUUUAACCCCCUUUUGAUACCUCUACUCUUCACAGCGGUCCACAGAGAGACAGAGUUAUAGCUAGAGAUGGGAGAGCAGCUGUAUCCUGUCAGAUUUAGUAGCAAGAGCUUGCCUCAACUUCUCUGAACUUGGGUUUUUCGCACGGGAUUGUGUUAGGGGCAAUAAAAAAUCAAAUUCGCCUUACUGCCAUUGUUUCGCAUCAGAUGAAGAAGAGGCCCAAGAUCUAGUUGAGGUUAGCCUAGCUGGCUGAAACAGCUCUAGGUACUGUAAUGUUUACCCCUAGGGGUCCAUUGAUGAUUAAAGUUGCCCAAAAUCAGUGUGACUGGUGCUCUCCUAUUCUCGUUAAAAAAAGCACAGGGACAUCUAUUUACAUUUUCACAGUUUCUCAAUCUCCAUUAGCGUUUCCAUAUUGUGAGUUUUUGAUUUACUUCUUUAUUUGUUACAAAAUAGAUGUACAUUUAAAAAAGGACAUUACAAAGAUGAAAAAUAAAAAAAAUAAAAUAAAAAGCAGAAUUUAUUUAUGAUAGACACAUAGAGCACAGGUGUUGUCAGGCGGUAUGGAAAGAAGAAGAAGUAAUGUUAAUAUAUUAUGGUAUAAGUGCACAUUAUGCAAUCUAGGUUUUUGAUUAUUUGAUAUCUCUCAACCCACUGAGUACCAUAUUUUCAUGAGCUUUCAUCAACAGAUAUAGGGCUCAGUCCUGGGAAGGAGGACCAGGGGAGGGCAGCCAGUUCACCGGCCCCGAGGGGAGUAGAGUUAUCUGACCCAAAAUAGAUCACAGUGGUGUACACAAGGGCAGAGUAGCUGGUUCUCGCACCCUCACACUGUGUAGCAUCUCCCAAAGGAUAAUUCCUGUGAACACCCAGUGCCCUUGAUUCUCCUCAUACACACCUUUCAUGUUCUCUGUGCAUGUGUGUAAUGUGUGUAUGCAUGUGUGUGCGCGUGUUGAGCAAGUCUAUAUUUCAGUGACUUCACAUUCAUCAAUAUCUUUUCCUUAGGAUCAUAAUCGUGACUUAGGCCAGUCACGUGCAUAUAUCAGGCCAUCAUUAACAUUGUCAUUUGUUCAUAAAGAACAUCAAAUUUCACCGAAAAGCCAAGCCUUGUAUGAUCUGAGGUUUGUGCCUCUAAGAGGCUACAAAAUCUGCAAAUAUGCAAUUCUUAUUUAUUUUUUUAAUCAAUUAUUAGGAAAAAACACCUAUGGAAAGUGUUCUUAGCCACUGAAAGAUGUAACAACAAACAAAUGACACAAAACUAGCAAAGUACUUCACACAAGCCUGCUGUUAGUUUUUAUUUCCUGCAUUAUUUGUAGUAUUAUUUGAACCUUUUCUGUUUUAAGUAUGUGCCGUAGUACAAAGGUAAACUGUGAAAAAUGAAACCAUUAAAGAACAUAUACACGUAUAUCACACCUGAACAGGUACUUAAGAAAAGCUGAAAAGAGACACACUUUUACAAGAAAGAAAUGGCUGUUUAGUUGCUGUCUGUCUGCGGCAGAAUAUGACAAUCUUAUUAGUUUCUUUGAAUCUGACGUCCUUUUCUUAGCAGCCACUUGACUAAUGCUCUCCCAACAUUGACCAGGAUUGGUUCAACCUGUUAUGAAAUGUCAUAGCGAUUCUGUGAGAGUCUUAGCACAGGGGCUAGGAGAAGCACCUCAGGCUACUGUAAAUGCCUUGCUCGUAUGGUCAGCCCUUGGUCACUUGACUCAGUAAUUUUGCACCGUACUUCUGUAGGUAAGAAACUGUAUAUACAUGAAUGUUUGUAUUGUAUAUGGAUCCUGGGUUGUUACAAUAGCCUUAUUCACCUUUUUAGCAAAGCAAAUGGGAAAAAAGUGCAGAAAAAAACAGAAUACACUUCAGUCAAACAGAGCAUACUACUUUUUUUGGUAAAUAGCUUAUGUAAAUAUUGACCACAACCCAAUAAAAACAUUUUUUAUAAACUCUUAAAGUAAGAUGUUUUGUAUAAAAUUUGAAUUUUUUGCUAUGUAUUUUAGCUAGCGCGCAAUGGAAAGCCCAUGUACUCCCCACUCCCUCCCCUUUUGCACUGUUUCCAUGGUAAUUUGGUUUAAAAAAAAAUGAGAGAAAAGUUGCCAAACCGACUGCUGCAUAUUUGUGCCAUAAGUGUGUACCAUAAAUAUUUAUUGAAUUAGUUUCUUUUUUUCUUCUUUGUUCUGUUUAUGAUUUAAUUUCAGUCCAGUUUGUAAGUAACACAGUAUUAUAUUUGCAUUGUUUUUUCGUCGACCCCUGGUUUUCUUUAGUCAUGUCAUGGUUACUGGGUGGCUGUAGCCCUCUUCUUCCCUUCCUUGCAGUAUGAUAUGGCCAGGCUGUGAAAAGUGGUUUUAACAUUCAAAAAUUAAAACAAGUUCAAAGUGAGGAUAAAUGACACACAUUCCACCAGUCUGUUACAAACUGAAAAUGUUUUUCAAUAAAAUGUUUUU